ACGAGAAUCAAAUGUAAAAAAUUCACUUUCUGUUUGCGGCUGGAAGAAGCCAAAGCCCCGAUGGGGCGCAAAAUCGUCGCAAACGCGGAGAAUAAAGCGGCAGAACCGCGUCAGAGAAGCCGCACAGACGCCGCAAGCUUCUUCCUCGUCGACACGAAACAUGGCGCCGGAGAUUGUUUUCUUCGUCUUUCAUUUUAUCGGUGUAGCUUGUCGGAUGCUAACAGUUAGCAUUAUGUUGUCUGUUGUUUGUCUCCCGGAAACAACAAUUAAACACAACCACGCAACUGCUCGUGAAUCAUAACAUAGUUAUAUUUCAUAAUUUGGAACAAUGAUGCAAGUAAAAAACGAAGCACGCGCAGAAUCCGCAGUGUUUGUGUGUCGGUGAUCUCACACCAAACUCCAUUUGAAAAAUGGCCGAUUUAACACAUUCUUUCAGAUUAUCGAAUAAUAAACUCAUAAUUAAUUUCAAUUUCAAGUGAAACCAUUCAGUAGUGGUCCCACCCACAGUUUGGCGUUGAAAUAUUGUACAUUAAUACAAGUUUUGAUAAAUUAUGCAAAUUAAUACAAGCGCAAUAUACGGUUGUAUGAAAAAGUUUGGUUUCAAAAAAUCCAAAAAUGGUUCAAUGUGGAUUCUGGAUACUUUUUUUUACUUCUGUUUUAUAAAUCUGACAAUUUUCCUUUAUCAAGUUCUCAACUGACUGUCAUCAGCUGUCCACAGCAUUUAUUUCCAUGGCGACCACAUCUGGUCUUGAAUUUUUUUUUAUUUAAACCAUUACACAUUCAUUAUUACUUACAAUUUUAGACAUGGCCCAACCUCCAGUCCAGCAUGUGAUGAUGUUAAUAAAUAUACUUUAUUUUUAUGUGCUGCACAACAAUCACAACAUAUUUUCAAGAAAGAAUGGGGGCCAUUUCAUCGUCAUGUUGAUAUCGAGUUUUAUUAAAAAAAAGUUUCAUGAAUCUCUCCCAAACCGAAUUUAUCACUAACAUCUAACAAUAUAUGAAAUGUUUUUAAUAAAUUUGUUGGGCUAUGAAUAUUAGUGACAAUGUGUAAAUGAGUUUUUUUUUGUUGCAAUACACCGUUGUCACUUAAAACGAUCUAUAAAACAUAAUCACGUGUAUUUUAUAUAAAUAUGAGAAAAUAAACAUCUAUGACAUUUCAGAGAAACCCUGUGGAUCCAAACAUUAUUUGUAUUUAUAGAUUCAGAUAUUGAUGAAUUAAUCAUUGUUUGACAAAUAAAAGCAUCAGACUCUCAUUUAAUAAGCUUUUUGAAAAACUUAUGAUAUAUUAUGAUUUUGUUUUUGAUCAAUAAGUUAUUUUUUUUAAUCAGAUUUUACUGUCCAGAAUUUUAAAAAACAGUUUUGUUUUUUCUAUUUGAUCAUUUAGAUCAAAUAUGAAAUAUUAUUUUUCCUCUCGUUGGUCUUUGUGAGCUGCUGUCGCCGUGGUUUCUGCAGCGACAACAACACAAACCUGCGUGUGAAUGUCAUCGGUGUGUUAUUUUAAUUCGUCGGCAGCCGAAGGAUGAGUUCGGCCGCCGAGGACGAGGAAGAGGAGGUGGCGGCUUUAGGAACCGUCAAGUCCGUCACUCUCACUCAGGACAGUGACGGAAGCAUCAUACUGCACUGUCCUGCCACUGAUGACGACUCAGAGCCCCUUCAGAAGAAGCUGCGUCUCUCUACAGAAGAACACGACGACUCGGACACACCUCAGUUCUCUGUGGUCACGUUACCGAUGUCGGAGACCGACGACGGCUUCGAGGUGACGAUGACGGCCACGGCGGGCGGCGACCUCACCGAGGACGGCGUCGCUCAGAUUCAGAUUCUGCAGGAGGACGAGGACGAGCUGUCGCCCAAUCAGAAGGCGGAAGUGUCGCCUGUCAGUCAGGCCUGGUUCACCACCAAAGAAGACAAAGACACGUUGACUAACAAAGGUCACAAGUGGAAACAGGGCAUGUGGUCCAAAGAGGAGAUCGACCUGCUGAUGAGCAACAUCGAUCGAUACGUGAAGGACCGAGGCAUCGACGACCCGGCCGAGAUCAUCUUCGAGAUGUCCAAAGAGGAGAGGAAGGACUUCUACCGCUCGGUGGCGUUGGGGCUGAACCGGCCGCUCUUCGCCGUCUACAGGCGAGUUCUGCGAAUGUACGACAACCGCAACCACGUCGGCAAGUACACGCCUGAUGAGAUAGAGAAGCUGAAGUCGCUGCGGCAGAAACACGGGAACGACUGGGCGACGAUCGGAGCAGCUCUGGGUCGCAGUGCGUCGUCCGUCAAAGACCGCUGCCGCCUGAUGAAGGACACGUGCAACACAGGAAAGUGGAGCGAGGAGGAGGAGCGGCGUCUGGCCGAGGUCGUGUACGAGAUGGCGGGCGUGUCGCCGGGGCUGGCCGUCACGGGCGGCGUCUCCUGGGCGUCGGUCGCCGACCAGGUGCGCACGCGCUCAGAGAAGCAGUGUCGCUCCAAGUGGCUGAACUACCUGAACUGGAAACACAGCGGAGGGACGGAGUGGACGAAGGAGGACGACCUGAACCUCGUGCGCAGGAUUUCGGAGGUGGAGGUGGAGGACGAGAACGAGAUCAAGUGGGAGGAUCUCGCCGGCGGGUGGAGCAGCGUGCGGUCGCCUCAGUGGCUGCGGUCGAAGUGGUGGAGCAUCAAGAGACAAGUGGCCAAUCACAAGGACAUCCCCUUCAGUGUUCUCCUGAAGGGCCUCACGGAGCUGAUUGCGUCCACACAACAGACGACGGGGUCCGGACCGGGGAGCCCCUCCUGCUCCUCGUCCUCCUCGCUGCAGAUCCGCCUCACCCGACUGGACGAGGGCGGCGGUAGCCCCGCCCCCAGCUCCGUGGCGGCGCUGCAGAUUCCCGUCCAGAUCCCGCUGCAGUUCACGCAUCUGGCGACAGAUCCGUCAGCGGCGGCUGGUGACAGCGGCACCAUCACCCUGAACACCGGAGCCCUGCAGACCUUCGAGAUCCUGCCGUCGUUCCACCUGCAGCCCACCGGCACGCCGGGCACCUACUACCUCCAGACCACUUCCAAUCAGGGCCUGCCGCUCAGCCUCUCCACCGGUCAGGGCCUUCCGCUCAGCUUGGCCGGCAACGGCACGGUCACCCUGACGACCGGCUCCUCCCCGUCGCCGCACGAACACAUCAUCCUCCACAGCCUAUCGGCCGACGGCCUCUGCUCCAGCGACGGCGUCAUUAUCCAGACGGUCACCGCCGACUCCGCCUCCUCCUCCGUCGACCUACUCGGCCAAUCGCAGCUGGUAGUGGACCCGGAGGAGCGGAGCCAAGAUGGCCACCUUGACGCUACAAGUCUCCUGGAGAGCUCGGAGGGCGUCGUCACGGAAACACAGGAGCCAAUGACCGAUGGCUUCACGACAGACAAGGAGAUGAGCUCCUCCUCUGUUGAGGGCCCAGUGGUGCAUUCUGGGAUCACGUCUGGCAGCGCCGUGCUGAUCGUGUCUCCGGACAUCAGCAGCACACUGACAGAUCCGAUCUUGGAGAACCAGGAAGGUUCCGACUGACUUGGGACUCUCACCUCGAGGCUGAUGGAGAUUUAAACGGACCGAAGCAGGAGCCGGGUGAAGACCGGAUGUAGCUGCUGCACAGGACGACGACGACAAAGACGGUGCCGGGUCCGCCUGCGAGUUGGAGUUCAGGACUCCUCCCCCCUGGUUUAGACCAGGAAGUGACUCAUGAACUUCUGAUUCUGUGUGAAGCUUCUCGUGUUUGAAGCUUCACACACACCGAACCCCCUGGAUGAAAUGUGAAUGCAGCGCUGCUCAAGGCCGCGGACGACGUCAGCGGACGUCCUCGCAUCUUCUACAGAGCCAAAGAGACUCUCAAGGCUGCGAUGGUACGGACAUGUGGCCCGACCGUCCAUCGCCCCUUUAAAAAAAAUAAAUAAAAAACAUGAAGAGGAAAUACUUUGGUGGUAAAUUGAAUGAUUAAUAAAAUCCCAUCCGGAUC